AAAUUAGAAAUUGGAUAGCUUUGAUACGAAGAUAAACCACAGGAGUAGUAGUUGGAGUUUCCCUUCUACCGCAAGGAGUCGCACAGCAUGGAAUGACGUCAAAUGCUUGGUCGUAUCGAGGAGGGGAGACCAAGAUAUGUCUGCAGUUGAGAAAAGAGACGGCCGUCUGCCAGCAUCUUGUUUAUACAAAGUGCGUGGCUUCCGCGAUAAUUCGGAUCUAUUAUCGAAGACCUAAACCCGAAGGAAAUGUUUUUUGGCAUAUUAAGGUAACGAACGUGCAGUGACCUAUGACCUUUAGUCGGCUGGUACAACCUCCGAACAGAUGGGCUUCGAUCGUCUUCCCAUCAACUGUCGGCGACCGGUUGAUGUCUGAACCAGCGACGGACACUGGCUGGCCAGGUGUCCUUUUCGCCACUUGAAUUAACCCCAAGUCUUUCCUAUCCACCCACCAAUUACCCCGACUCGAUGUUCCUCAACCAAGCAAUGAGGUAUUAUAGGUUAUGGAUCUAUUGUUGUAAUCUCAUCUUAUUAGUGAGCGUUCUGAUCUUUAUCGUUCUUGCUGUGUGGGUCAUUACCGAUAUCCGCCUGGCUCUCUUCCCAUCUAUUCAGCUCCAUCAACCCACUCUCAUUUACGCUUACUUCGCGCUAGCUCUUCAGGGUGGAAUCUUGCAAGCUAUUGGAUGCGUUGGGGCAUUAAGGAUGAACGAACGGCUUCUAACUAUUUACUGGACGCUGAUGUUGGUGUUGCUUUUUGGGGACGCCAUCGUUGGCAUGGUAUGGUUGUUUCGAUAUCAACAUUUGACCACAAAUUUACGCAGCGAUCUCAGAUCGAGGCUUCUAUCAGAUUAUGGUAUCGAUGUGGAAUUCCAACAUCUUUGGGACCAAAUCCAAAUUGAUUCAAAGUGCUGCGGUGUAAGCGAUCCUCACGAUUAUAAUUAUACGAGUUGGAUUAUGCACAAGAGUGCCAAGCACCAGGUGGUCCCUCGAAGUUGCUGUAGACAUUACAACGUCUUUCAGGACUCUAAUCUGAAUCAGAGUUGUGUGGAAACUUAUCGCGAUGACAUAAUAUAUCAACAGGGUUGUUAUAAUUCUGUACGUCGAUGGUUGCAACAUAACGCGGAUAUGUUAUCGGUGCUUGGAUUCUGUGUCAUUGCUUUUCUAAAACUCUGUUUCCUCGGCAUUCUCAGGUAUGAAAUCAAAGAAAUGAUUCAAAAAAUACGAAUUCUGAAAGAUAUGGACGAUCAGUCACCUAUAGUGGGUCUCGAAAGUCAGAUCAUAAAACCGGAUGCUACCCACGUGACCAAUAAUUGUACUACUCAUCCCAACUAUGUGAUUACAGAACCUUUGAAUGGAAAUAACAAUGAACGCGAUGUCAAGAAUUCGUGUCCUGUUUAAGUUUUAAUACCGACAACUGAUGGUCAGAUUAACAGAUAAAUUCUAUCCCCUAUUAUUCUUAACUAAAAUAUCAUUUCUUGCAUUAAAAUAAAUUCCUUUUACAUAUUAAUUCCACUAGAAAUAGCAAAAUAAAUACUAAUAAAGCAUUUGAACUGAAUCUAUGUUUAUUUCUAUAUCUGUUAUUCCUGAUCACACAUUUGUCAGUAUUAACUUGGACACUGUAAAGAACUGAAGGAAACGAGUCGAUUUGCCUUCUUCUUAAGAUCAACUUCUUAAGGAAUAGUUUUGUAUAUUCACUUCUUAUUUGCAACAAAAAUUACUUGACACAAGUGCUUUUCACUCACUUCUAUACUACGACCGUAGUGAAAUCUUUAAUAGAAUUAAAGCGGAGAAAGAGGAAGAGAGAUGUUAGCGUUUUAAAACUGUAUACAACGAAAUCAAAAAGGGACCCCAAUUUUGGAGAAUAUUUGGUCCUGUUCCUACAAGAAAUCGACCAGAAAUGUCCUCCUCAUUCAAAGUAUUUCCUGUUUGCGAAUUGAAAGCAGUAUUAACAUAGUCUGAUAGAUUUAGUAAUAGUCAUGUAUUCUACAAAAGACGAUACGAUCUUCGUCCAUUCUCGAUUAUAGUCAGUCUGUAGGAAAGAAAGAAAAAAAAAAA